AUGGAUCUCCCAUUCCGUGAGGCACGACAAACGUCUCCAUCACCAGAUUCACCGUCUGUCGGACCACGAUCAAUCAAUCUGAGCAUCGCAGAGAGACAGGUCAUUUGCGCCAGCUGGGAAAAAGCCUCCACCCAAUCAGACAUCGGAUGUGAACUUGUCGCCAGACUUCUCAACGAUAACAGAACUCGGUUUCGUGCGCUUCUAGAAUGCAAAUCAGGAAGUUUUUUGGGAAGCGGAAACUACACCACAGAGGAUGUUAACGGAAUGAGCAGAGCCAGAUCAGUGGCUGAUGGAGUCAACUGUUUCUUUAACAAAGUAAUCUCAAAACUAAUGGACCAUAAUUACAUCGAAGAGAUCCAAGAUCUCUCCCUCCAACUCGGAGCAAUGCACUUCCGGAUGAAAGUGUGGUUUCAAGCUGAAAAUUGGCUCUGCGUCAAGAAUUGUCUUCUGGAUUCCGUCGUCUCGGCUCUGCUGAAGGACACAAAAGGAACCUACCUCAUUUGUGGAGGUAUCAAGAAGGUACAGACCGUCGAGAAACACAUCACACAUGCCUGGUUCAAAUUCGUCCAGUUCAUCAUUCAGAACAUGAAAAAAGGCUUUCUCUCUGAAGCUCUCAACUCGGACUCUCACAAUCAACCAAAAACAGAGUGUGCUUCUCCAUGCUCGUCAAGCAGCAACCAUAGCAUCUGA